AUGGAUAACACAGAAACACCAGACAUCAAUAGUUUCAUUCAGUCGGUUCCCGAGGUCCAAAAACUUAGGUCCGACAACCAUGACUAUAAACUGCAGCAGGACGAUGUCUUCCAAGGCAUACGGCGGGAACUUGAAAAGCGCCUAGACCGCCCGGAUGAUGAGAAAGAAGAAUGGCUUUUGCAGUUGGCAGAGUUGGACUUGACAGACGAGCAUGCGGACGAUAAUGAGAUCAAUACCCUCGCUUCCCUUCUCACGAACUAUGUCGUCGAUUACCCUUGGAUUUAUGACCACAGUACUGUGAUCCAGCUUGGGAAUGGCUCGGAACCAGUCAGUAGUACGAUUGAGAAAAUCAAACAUUCGGACUAUACUUUAGGGUUGGCAGGCAUGUUCCCUCAUAUCCGAGAGUCUGCAAGCAAUGAGAAUGAUCAAUCGACACCCACGCCGUCCAACAAUGCAGAAAGGAAAGGAGAAUUUAUAUCUCAAUUUCGUGACCAUGUCACCAUCUCAGACAACGACACAAGGAAAUGCGCCACAAUCAAUUUUCUUUUAAGAUCAGAGGAAUACAGUGAGCGAGUACUAAAGAAUCUCCUGUCGCAUAUCGAAAAGGAUGGUCAUAUCAAGAUUCCAUACCUGCGCCUAAAUCCGGCAUGGAAUGGAAGCUUAGAGGACGACAAGUAUAUUGUGAUGGCUGCAAUCAAGUUGGACACUAUCAGGGAUCUCAUCACCACCUGUUACAGAUUGACUGAGAGCACAUUAUUACGCUCUAUCCCAUUUGUGCUUGGAGCUCUCGGCGGGUUGCUUCUAGGUGCAAGAAUUUGGUCUGAGCUGAACAGUCGAGACAGCCUGUCACAGGUAAUGGAAGCUCUCAGACGGGUAUUCGACGAUAUUGGAGUGAAAAUUCCGAUCGAAAAUGAGCAGGAGGAGUUGUCUAUCGACAAAAUCCGGAGCAUGAUUGCUUUGGCAACCCAGUUCCUCUGUCUGGUGCUUCAGUCAUACGUAAGAGGGUCUAUGACACCAUUUCAUUUUGAUUUUCUAGUCUGCAGGGUCUCGGACUUUGUUCUGCAAGGCGACCAUGCUUUGCCUGACCUACCAAGCAUUUACGCAAGUUCACAGAAGCUUUCGUGUUUGGGAGAUAUGCUUCGACAAGAGGUGCUGGUUUUUGGACUACGUGAACCAUUUCAAGAACGGAUUGAUAUCGUUGCAACACCAAGCCAAUUAGUUGACAUGUGGGGUCCGGGAGAACUGAUAGUCAAGAAAGCUAACCCAUCUAACGAGUCCGGUGAUUCGUCCAUAGUGGGCAUCAAAAUAUGGGGAGGCGUUAUUUUGUCAACAGGAAAAAGUAUCCAAGGGAUACAGAUGUGGCACUGGCUGCCGCAGCGUCACAUAGAUAUCGAUAGGCUAAACUUGAGCACAUAUACAGAGACUGGUCUGAAUACACCAAUCCGUAUCGGGGCGACAAGCCUCGUCGAAGUGAACCCAAUUGGGCCGGCUCGUUUGAACAAGGGAUGUCCUCGCACUGGUGACUGUACAACACAAUUCGAGACGACAUUCUCGUCGAGUUUGAAAGUCAUUGGGACGAAAGAUUCGAGGAUAGCAACCCAGUCCAUACAGGCGGGGUUGCAGGCCGGUCAGUUUGUGAAUAUAAUUGCAAAUAGCACACUCAUCCGGAAGCCGGGAAGAACCGCCAAAGAGCAGAUCCUCAAUGCAACUGGUUUGUUCGAAGUUCGACUGGCUGAUUUUGAUCGAAUAUGGGGCCUGUUUCUCAGCCCCUGCACUGGUAUUAUGUGUCGUGCGAGACUUCGUGAGUUGGUGGCAUUCUUUUGCCUGCGAUGCUCACCCAAGCAAAUACCUCCAUCACCAAUUGCAGCGCGUGAAGAGUCAAUGCAUGAAUUUGCAAAAGCAAUGUGUGGUGAGGCAAGCCUGAACGACUGGUUCGAGUCACUUAUCCCGGAUGACAAAAGCGACGACUUCAGCUUUAGAGAAGGACUGCAACAUCGCAUCAUAUCCCUCUUCAACGGCGUCUUGGACAUGAUCAAAGAAACUGGAAUUUUGGAAAACGGAGACUUAGCUGUUGCCUGGCUGUCUUCCGGCAACGCCCUAAAUACAUUGACAUUGUCUGCCCGCCAGCAUCCAUGGAUCAAGGUCCUCAGUGACUCGUCAUUGACAGCGACUUUUGCUUGCAUCUCUCCCCAUUGUUUCCAAACCAUGGAUUGCUCAUGUCAAAACGACGAAUGGCGACUACCAAGUGAGUUUCGACUGUCGACAAAAAUAGACAUGUUCGGACAGUACCUUCAGCCAGAGUCUCCCAGAAGAUAUGCGCUGCGGAUACAGAAAUCGUACCCGAUCAACUCGUCCACAUUGAAUAUUCUCGCAAAGAUCAACGGCGUCAUAGUGCGUGCUGACACAGAUCCGUGCUACUAUAUCACGAUCAAAAAAAGCGUUCUACCUCUUGACUUGAUCCGAUACACGCGAUACCUCCCUUUUCUUCGCGAAAACAACUCCCCGAAUGCUGUCAAUGUUGUCAUCAGUAGUGGUUCGAAAUAUGUACACCAUCUUGAAGAAUUGCGACAGCAAGGAAAACUGAAGAUCCAACAAUGA